AUGCGGGCAGCCCCUUUCAUGACCAUGCUCCUGCUGGAUUUUGAUAACACGUCCAACUCCCCUCAUACCUUCAGGCCUCAUGGUGUUCGGGGCCCCAGCGCUGCGGAUCUGGCAUCCGAAGCCUCCCUGGCUCCCCGCACUCCUCCCUGUCUGCGCGCCGGGCGCGAAGCCUGCGACGCGCGAACAGAGCACAGCACGCGGAGCCGAGCGGCGUGCGCGGCGCAGUGGCGCGGACACCCCCGAUUGCCGCGCGGCCAGAGCCCGCGCUCCAGCUACCCGCCCACGGACGCCCGGACCAUGGCUGCCAAGGGGCCCGGCUCCCGCACCCGGCUCUGGGCGGCGGCGCUGCUCCUGCUCGGCCUGCCGGGGCUCUCCGUGCGGGCGGAGGGGAAGCUGUUUGUGCUGGAGUCUCAGAAUGGCUCUCAGGGCCUGGAACUAGAGGCCGCUCGGCUUUCCUGCAAGAGCAGAGGCGCUCACCUGGUGUCUGCGGACGAGCUGCGGAGGGUGGUGCAGGACUGUGCCUUCUCCAUGUGCACCACGGGCUGGCUGGCGGACGGCAGCCUAGGGACAACCAUGUGUAGCAAGGGGAGUGGUGAACAGCAAAUCAUGAGAGCUGUCGAUGUGAGAAUUGAAAGCAACCCGGUUCCUGGUGGCACAUACAAUGCCCUGUGUAUGAAGGAUGAAGAGAAGCCGUGUGGAGACCCACCUUCCUUCCCACACACCAUCCUGCAGGGCCACACGGGCUUGGAGAUGGGGGAUGAGCUGCUGUACCUGUGUGCCCCCGGCCACGUGACGGGCCGGCACGAAACAGCCUUCACCUUGCUGUGCAACAGCUGUGGGGAGUGGUAUGGCCUGGUCCAGGCCUGCGGGAAAGACGGGGGUGAGGUACAUAUUGACUAUGAAGAUAAUUUUCCUGAUGACAGAUCUGUGUCAUUCAGAGAGCUCAUGGAGGAUUCCCGGACAGAGGCAGAGGAGGACAGGGGUCAGGCAGAAACCUCUGAGGAGGCUCCAAAGCAGGACCAUCUGGUCUCUAUUUCUGUGGGGAGAGAAGACACAGCCCAGGAUACAGCUUUUGCGCCAACUACAGGUUUGCCCAGCACUGGGAGCGGUGUCCCCACAGACCUGCCAGGAUCCCGACAAAACCAGAAGUACAUGUUCUGGUUUCCUGUUGAGACCUUCCACAAGCCUGAGUUGGAAAAGGAGAUGGAUGAGGACACCAAAAAGCAGUUUCCUCCUGGAGACAACCACAGUGGCACCACAUUGGCCCCAGGUGAGCCAGAAACCAGGGUCAUCUACAGCAGCACUGAUGGUCCCUUGGGGCCAUUUGUGGGCAGGAAUGACAGCAAGGCAGGUGACCCAAUGGUGAGCAGCAGCGAUGAGUCCUGGUUAGAUGGCUACCCUGUGACCGAUGGGGCUUGGAGGAAGACAGAGGCAGAAGAGGAGGAAGAGGAGGACAAGGGCAAUCAAUCAGUAGGGCUGGAAGAAACUGUCCUAGUUACACCCAAUCAGCCUGCUCUUGUGGAAGUUAAGAAGCCCAGGAGUACCACCCUCACACUCAGUGAGGACACAACCCAUCGUUCAGUUCUUCCAACUCAAACACUAGGUGUAGAAGCUUUGGCUCUCAGACCCAUGAGUGUGUCUGAAACUGAGAGUCCCAGCAAGGGGGGUGGUGACUUGACCAGGGACCAGUCGACUGUUCCUUGGAGAUAUGCCACAGAGAAGCCUCCCAUGUCCACCCUACCCUAUGAGUUCACCAGCUCUAUCCUGGAGAUGGUGACAACCACCAUCCAAAAGACGUCGGACCUCAUUCCCUCAACUGUCAUGGCGGCCACCCAGAUUCCAAUGGAAAUCACUGCCCCUGAGGUCCAGGAUACCUUUCCAUACCUGCUGUCUGAGGACUUCCUGGGACAGGAAGUCCCCGGCCCAGGUGCAAGCGAGGAGCUUCUUCCAACCUUGGAGCCCUGCAUAGGGGAUAAGUGUCCCAGCCUCAGCAGAGGCCCCAUCGUUGCCACCAUUGUCACGGUCCUGUGCCUGCUGCUGUUCCUGGCGGGCAUGGGGGCCGUGUGGGGCUACCGCAGGUGCCAGCGCAAGAGCUCCGUGUACAAGCUGAAUGUUGGCCAGCGGCAGGUUGGUCACUACCACCAGCAGAUUGAGAUGGAGAAGGUCUAGCCACCUUGGGGGGCUCGCCCAAAGCCCCUUGGGAGGAAGAUAAACUGUGACAUAUCACAUUGAGAAACACUGACAAUUCACUAGCGCACGAAACAAGUGGAGUAGGGCUCGUCUUCUUUUUCUCAGGUCUUUGUUUUCUAGGCUGAGAAGCAUCUCUGGAGGCACCUGGCAGGGCAGGGAGGCUUUGGUGGCAUCUUCACACACCUCAGCAUCCCCUUGACCAUCUGCCCUGGAACCUGUUGCACUAAUCCCAGACCUGUGCUUCCUAAUUCCAGUGAGAGGUCAAAACUCACCUCUUCAUCAUACAGUUGUCUUUUCUUUUUUCUAAGAAAGAAAAUGAAUGAGCCUGAGACAUGGAAUUUUCGAACUAGAUGUGAUGUACAGAGCAUUUGAGAGCAGUGUUAUUUCGGAUAUAGAUAUUUAAUUGCUGGGAGUGGGAUAUGGAAGAGUAAUGGGUUAUUUCCUUUUAAUGCUGUGACGUUGCUGAGGGCAUAUGAGCCAAGAACCAGGACAUAGUCUAGAAGCUUUGAGAUUUUUAAAAUUGUUUGUUGAAAUUGGAAAGAAUUUACGACAGAUGUUUGGUUGGGGGGGGGGAGGGGAGGAGUGGUGGGACACACAUCCACCCCGUUCCCUCUAUCCUGUGGGACAGCCCAUCGUUUUUUUAAAAAACAAGGUUUGCUUUGUACCGGUAAGCACCGUUUCCUCUCAGAAGCAGUGGCCUGGUUGUCCUUGACCAGUCUGUGCCUAGGAAUGUCUUAGAGUUUUUGCCAGGACUAACAAAACUCAGUCCUCGGUUUCCUUUCUCAGGAUUAACCAUUUCUCUGAACUCCAGGAAGAGAGAAUGAGCUAGGAGGGAAAAAAUGUUUCAAGAGGGCCAAGGGCUAGGAUACCAAGCAUGGGUACCUACCUGAUAGAGAAGCAGAGGAAUUGAAAAGGAAUAUGAAAUGAUCUGUGCCGAUCUGUUCUUUACCCUGUUGUGGCGAUUGUGAGCCCUCUAGAAACAGCCUGAGCACAGGAUGGACUCCCCAUGGCUGUUGAGCACCCAGUUCACGGUGUCUCGAUCAUCUUAUGGUGACUCAGCACAUCUCGCUUAUGAUGACAGAGCAUGGUCCUCAGACCAGUGGCAUCAACAUCACCUGGGAACUUGCUAGAGGUGCAAAUUCUCUGGUUCCACCCCAGAUGAAGUGGAGACCCUGGGGGUGGGGCCCAGCUAUCUGUGCUUUAACUAGCCUGCCAGGUGAUUCUGAUGCACGCUCAAGACUGAACCACAGGCUUACAAGCACAUAAAUUUUGAGCUUUGAGGCCAGCCGAGGCUCUGGAGGCCCCGAUGAGGAACACCUGAGGUCUGUCUUGCACAGAGGUCAGGCAUCGCUGUGCCCCUGGAUAGCAUUUGAGGCUGCCGAAACAUCACCUCCAACUCAAAAUAGGUAAUAUUAAUACAAAUGUAUUAAUCAAUUUAUUACAAAUAAAUAAUACAUGCAAACGUAUUAUUUGAUAGAACUGCAAAAUAAACCCCACACAUCAGUUUUUAAGUUUUUAUUGAUUUGGUGUCACCUAAAUUAAUGUUAUAGGAUCUAAAAAUGCACGUAGAAAGGGAGUGCUUAAAAACACUGUAAACCUAAAUUGUAUGUCAUCAUGUGUGUUUUGAGACUGGUAAAUGUUUACUGCUCACAAAAAUUUGGGGGUGGGGAUCCAUUAACACAAAGCUU